AUGAACCCUCAUAAUUCCAGCACAACUGACCCAGUCAGCUUUGAACUGGUCACGCCAGUUGGGAAGGACACUGUCGCCCCAGAGCCGUCCACGGUGAAUCAGGACCCGUUCGGCGACGAAAGCGAUGCGGGUGUGAAGUAUAAGACGAUGAUCUGGUGGCAAGCCGGAAUGCGUAGGCUACGGUCUCCCUCGAAACAGAUGCCAAAGCUGACAAGACCAGUCAUGAUUGCUGAGACCAUAUCACUUGGGAUUCUGGCUCUACCAAAGGUUCUGUCGACAUUGGGACUCAUUCCGGGCGUGAUCACUAUCCUUGUUGUUGGCAUCAUCUCCACCUACACGGGCUAUACGAUUGGUACCCUCAAAAGCCGCUACAUGCAAAUCCACAGCAUGGCAGAUGCAGGAGACCUCCUGUUUGGGCGAUAUGGCCGGCAGUUCUUGGGAAUUGCCCAGCUUGUAUUUUACGUGUUCGUCAUGGGCAGCCACGUGCUGACUUUUUCCAUCAUGAUGAAUGUUCUCACCGACCAUGGCAGCUGCACACUGUUGUACUCUGCCCUCGGGUUAGUGGUCUCAUUUAUUUUGACACUCCCACGGCGACUGGAGAAGCUCUCACACUUGUCAACGGUCAGCUUUAUCAGCAUUGUUAUGGCAGUUCUGGUGACUAUGAUCAGCAUAGUCAUUUCCAAAGGGGACCCCGGCAUUAUACCGCUUUUCUCUCCUGCUCCGAGGCACCAAAGCGAUGUAUAG